AUGGUGCGUCAGAGUCGAUCUGAGUGGAAAGCAGAAUACUCCAAAAGACUUUCACGACAUCUUGGGGAUUGUGAGAAGUGUUUCAUUGUUGGCGUCGAUAAUGUCCGCUCUAAACAAAUGCAGCAGAUCCGAAUGGCUCUGCGGGGAAACGGCGAGCUCGUUAUGGGAAAGAAUACGCUAAUGAAGAAAGUAAUUCACGGCCAACUUGCCCGCAACAGCAAUUUGGAGAAAUUACUUCCACACAUCCGUCAGAAUGUGGGGCUAAUUUUCACGAAGGGCGAUCUUCUGGAAAUCCGGGAAAUUUUGGAGGCGAAUCGCGUUGAGGCCCCAGCAAAGGCGGGUGCAAUUGCUCCGUGUGAUGUGGUUGUCCCAGCUCAAAACACUGGUCUUGGACCGGAGAAGACCUCAUUCUUCCAGGCGCUAAAUAUCCAGACGAAGAUCUCCAGGGGUACCAUCGAGAUCGUCAAUGAUGUACCUCUCAUCAUGAAGGAUCACAAGGUGGGGAUGAGCGAAGCAACAUUGCUUAGCAUGUUGAAGAUAUAUCCCUUCAAAUACGGACUUAUCAUCACUCAAGUUUUUGAUCAAGGAUCUGUGUACGAUCCCGCCGUAUUGGACAUCACACCGGAUAUCGUCCUGGAAAAAUUCAUGGCCGGUGUCGCUAAUCUGGUCUCGUUGAGUUUGGGGUCCGGAUAUACUACAGUCGCCAGCAUCCCUCACAGUCUGGUCAAUGGGUUCAAAGAUCUUUUGGCUCUAUCAGUCGCCACGGAAUACACAUUCAGCGAAUCCGAGAAGGUUAGUCAUAAGAAAGUUAAUUUUUGUAUUUUUAAUCAUCGCCCUGAAAAGCAUGUACCUUGUCAUAAAGGCAGACGGCCCACCAUCAAGAGUUCAUUUCAUAACAUGUGGCCGUGA